GGUAGUGGCGCGUGGCCUGUCAUAAGUGUAACCAUCACGUACCCUUUGAGGCUCCUAAAUACUCUUCCGAACGCAUGUGACCAGUUGUUGUGUCGCGUGUAACCUAGAUUGACGCAGCGACGGAGGGGCAGCCUGAGGGACCGAACACCGAUUCCUGGAUAAUGUCUGAGGGCGGCAGUCGGGGCGACGUGGCAAUGAGGGUGAUCGCGAAAGUCCACAGGCCGGGGGUCACGCCGGAGGAGAUGGUGGUCGGCUACAACGAGUGGUCCGAGAACUACGAGGAGAUGAUGAUCUGGAAAGGUGGGUACCGUGGCCCCGCCAUCACGCUGGAGGAGGCGCUGCGUUGGGUACCCCCGGAGCGGCGAGCCAAGGCCAGGGUGCUGGACGUGGCCGCCGGGACGGGCUGCGUGGGCCGCGAACUCCACCGGGAAGGCUUCAGGCACAUAGACGCUGUGGACCCGUCGGAGGGCAUGAUGAAGCAGCGGGAGACUGGCAUCUAUACCAACGACUUCCUAUUGCCGAAAGACCCCUCCCUGAUGAUACAAAGUUAA